AUGCCCGUUUGCUCCUCAGGGGAGUACUUACGCAGCAGGAAACUAGUAAGCCAGUUAAAAAGUGAUACGGGUGCUGGCAGAGUGAAGGCGGGUGAUGGCUAUAUUGGGGAUGGAUUAGCUAGCGCUAGCAGUUACAUACAUGGGGACAAGAACGAUGUCUUGCAGCUACAAUCGACAAGUAACGCCGACAGCUUGUUAGUCAAGAAGGACAGGGACCCUCCAGCAAACGCGGCUCUGGCCUGGCUGGGACGGAUUGACAUGAUGCGCAGCUGGGAUGGGGCCCCUGGCCUCAAGCCGUUUGACCAACACGCCACGGUUGCCCAGGCUAUCUAUCUAUCAGCGACGAGUCUGGGACGCACUAUCGAGGAUAAGAAUCGCCUCAACGGGAAUACGGGGAGCUCUAACUCGGUCACAGCACGGAGUAAGUACCCAUGGAGCGAUGAAGAAUAUCAAAAGGUGUGCUGGCUGCCAAGAGUGGAAGUUUAUCAGCCUUCAGGGCGUAGCCUGCUCAUGUAG